GGCCACACAGGCUACAUGGCAGUUGGCGAGCCACUCGUCGCCUUUGAUGGCCUCAUCAGUUGCCGCUGCUCCGUGCAGGUUCCUGUGCCCCCUCGCCACCGCCUCCCGGGCCCUCCUCUUCUCCCCAACCCCAGCAAGGAGGCAGCUGCUCCUCUCCACCGCCAUGUCCGCUGCCUUCGGCUCCGCCGGUGGCGCUGCUUCAUCCUGGAAGGUCGUCGACUCCCACCUCCACGUCUGGGCCUCGCCCCAGCAGGCGAAGGAGGGGUACCCGUACUUCCCCGGCCAGGAGGCCACGCUCCGGGGCGACGCCGACUUCUUGCUCGAGUGUAUGGAUGAAGCUGGAGUAGAUGGGGCUCUCAUUGUUCAACCUAUUAAUCAUAUGUUUGACCAUUCUUUGGUAACCAGUGUGUUGAAGAAAUACCCAUCAAAAUUCAUUGGUUGCUGCCUUGCAAAUCCUGCAGAUGAUGGGAGUGGGAUUAAACAGCUUGAACAUCUCAUUGUACAGGAAAAAUACCGUGCAGUACGGUUCAACCCGAACUUGUGGCCAUCAGGUCAAAAGAUGACUAAUGAGGUUGGGAGGUCAUUGUUUGCUAAGGCUGGAGAACUUGGAGCACCAGUUGGAAUAAUGGUGAUGAAGGGGAUCAGUCUAUAUAUUCAGGAAAUAGAGGAGCUGUGUAGGGAUUAUCCUACAACUACUGUUAUUCUUGAUCAUAUGGCUUUCUGCAAGCCACCAACGAAUGAUGAUGAAGAGAAGGCAUUCGCCUCAUUUCUAAAAUUAUCCAGAUUUCCACAGGUUUAUGUCAAAUACAGUGCUCUUUUUCGGAUCACAAGAGAAGCAUAUCCGUAUGAGGACACUGCUCAGCUUCUUUUCAGUGUUAUCUCUAGCUAUGGAGCCAAUCGGAUAAUGUGGGGAAGUGACUUCCCCUAUGUUGUCCCUGAAUGCGGCUACAAAGGAGCAAAGGAGGCAGCCUCUCAUGUCGCAGGCAAGAUAGCUGUUUCCUCUUCAGAUUUGGAAUGGAUCUUUGGUAAAACAGUGAGCCAACUAUUCAAAGGUGCAUGGGUUACUCCAUGAGGGAGCAAUCUGUCAUUGGUGAGUGUCGUGUAGCUGGUAUGAAUAUCGCAACGCAUUUCUGAGCAAUGAAAUCCUUGUUUGAGAGUAAAAGGUUUGUUCUAUUCUCUUUAAAUGUAUAUAACAAUUCGGUUCAUUAUGAAUAUCGUGAACACCAAAUAAAGCGCUUCUGAAACCAGACUUGUAUC